GCUCAGAAGACGAAAAUCUGAACAUCGACGAUUCUUCGAUUUCGGGUCACACUGAGCAGAUUUUGUCUUGAGAGUUACUCCUACAGGUCUCUGCAUGGUGUGAUUGCCCCUAAAACCACCCCUCGACAACACGAUGGCAUCGUCAUCGAAUCCAUACGAGCACUACAACUCCCCCCAAGUCGAAGACGACGACUUCAUAGAUCCCGACGAUGCGAACCUUGACGACCUCGACGACCCCAUCCAACCCAGCUCCUCCCGUGCUCUCUUAACAGGCAACAUCUCGUCCAGCUCCUCCUCCCGACCCCUCAACGAAUCCUACCUCACCUCGCGCUUCCCCGGCGAAGACCGCCGCGCCCCUACAAACACAAUUGAUGAAUCAGUAUGGGAGACCCUGCGUCGAGAUCUCCUCGCCGUCUGGUCCAAGAUGCGCGAGGUCUUGUACCCUAAAUACCUGUUCGGCGGCUCGAUGCUAGAGAAUACCACCAGUCUGCGCGGCGCGUAUGAGAAUAUCAGAGGCGCAGGCAUUUAUGGGGCGAGGGAUGAGCUGGUUGGUUUAGCUGGGAGAGCGCUGGAUCCUGAUGCGCUGUUGGCGCAGGGGAAUAUGAGCGAGGGAUUGAGGGACUGGGAUCUUUGGGGUCCGUUGGUGUUUUGUCUAUUGUUGAGUCUGUUUUUAAGCUUUAGGGCCGAUAAGGAGCAGAAGGAGUUGGUGUUUUCGGGGGUGUUUGCUAUGGUUUGGAUUGGGAAGGCGGUGGUUACUAUGCAGAUUAAGCUGUUGGGUGGGAAUAUUUCCUUCGCACAGAGCGUCUGUAUCAUCGGAUACACGCUCUUCCCACUCGUCAUUGCAUCUCUGCUUUCAGUCUUCCAUCUCCCUACCAUCGCGAGGAUACCCGUCUAUCUUUUCCUUGUCGCUUGGUCGUUAGCGGCAGGAGUCAGUAUUCUUGGUGGAAGUGGUGUGGUCAAAAACAGAGUUGGGCUUGCGGUCUACCCACUCUUCGUGUUCUAUUUGGGACUGGGAUGCUUAUGUUUUAUCAGCUAGGUUCUUAUAAUUGGAAAGUCAGGUUCGAGAAUACAAGAGUCCAGCGAGAUGGAACGCUGUUCUGAUGGUGCGUAGUGUACUUUUACAUCUGGCGUUCUUAACAAUUAAAGAUACCAUUGGACCAGAUCCUCGGACUUUGCUCAUGAUUUAGAAUGUUGAGGUUUGUAGCUUUAGGAACCAAAACUCAAUAUACCAGUUGCAAUGGAACAUUUACGGAAGAAUUGUUUGUCAUUGUACGAGUCAAUGAUAGAACAUUGAUGAUGUUCAGCUGAAAACACACUUCUCAAUAUAUCGCAG